AUGGGCGAGGCUGCAGGCGGGCAAGCGGAGGAGCAAGCCGCCGCUCCAAGCUGGCCCCUGGUGCAUCAACUCGACGCUCGAAGCCUGCUCGCAGAGGAGUGGCCAGUUGCUGCAGGCCGGCACAUGGGGGACCACGGCGUCCAGUGCACUGUGGUUGGUCGCGCCAUCCGACGCAAACGUUGGCGGAACUGCGGCAUGCUGGCGGAGGUGGCCAACACAGACGUUACUCCUAAAAAAAGAAAAGGAGACGCACGAACUCGAUAUCUCUUCCCGUUCCCCAUUUUCUCUCCUGGUGCUGGCCAAGCGGCGGCGCCGCCGCCUCCCGUCUUCUCGUCGUUCUCGGAGGAUGAGGGCACGAAGGAUGUGGCUGUACCGUCGUGCCCUCCACCUGCGCCGGCUUAUCAACGGGACCUUGCGCGGCUCCCUCUUAUUUCAGCUCCGCCCGCGCCCGCGCCACCGUCGACGGCGCGGCUUCGGCGUCCCCGGUGGCUCCUGUCCGACGCCUACAGCGCUUCCUCGCGCGGAUGCAGCGGGCUCCUGGCCGGUAGAGGAGGAGUUGGAUGCAGAUUGUUCCUCGGCGUGGUCCUGCUCGCCGCCGACGAGGCCCUGCGAGGGGCGAGGAGACGGCUCCACUGCUCCGAGCUCCUCCGACGUACUGCUGCUGGUGCCAUGGAGGACAGGGGGAGAGGGCCAUAUACGCCUAUGGUUGUCCUUAGAAGCAUGAGGUCAUUGUUGAUUCUAAAUUUGAUUUGUACAUACCUGGGUCGAUGCUUUUGACGGCAGCGGCGAUACCGGCGAGGCAAUGUGGAAAGCUGGAUUGUUAAGAAGAAUCGACCAAGGACUUGAUAUAUAUUGGAUUAAGGGGAUUGUACAUGUACUAGCACAGAUGCCCGUGCGUUGCAAUAGGAGAUUUUUUGACGUGAAUUCAAAUUUAGUGAGAAUUGUUAAAGCUUGUUCAUUUCACCAACUUGCUUCGUGCGCACCUUCUUCAAGUCAAUUUUGACAAAGCGCUUGUUCUUCUGUCCAACUUUGACAAAUUCUAUAUGAAUAUGGAUAAAGGAAGGUAAUAAUUUAAAAAAAAUCUAGUGCAUUCCAUAUCUUA